CGGGCAGCUCCGAUUGGCCGGGGAGAUCCGGACCACGGCGGUGGCGGGGGAACGGGUCCCGGGCAGUGGGCAGCGUAGCCUCCGGCCCCGCUGGCUUCUGCGCUGAGUGGCGUGCGCUGCCCGCAGGGAUGCAGUGGGCCGUGGGCCGGCGGUGGGUGUGGGCCGCGCUGCUCCUGGCCGCCGCGGCGGUGCUGGCCCAGGCGGUCUGGCUGUGGCUGGGCACGCAGAGUUUCGUCUUCCAGCACGAAGAGAUCGCGCAGCUGGCGCGGCAGUACGCGGGCUUGGACCACGAGCUGGCCUUCUCUCGGCUCAUCGUGGAGCUGCGGCGGCUGCACCCAGGCCACGUGCUGCCGGACGAGGAACUGCAGUGGGUGUUCGUGAACGCGGGCGGCUGGAUGGGCGCCAUGUGCCUUCUGCACGCCUCGCUGUCCGAGUACGUGCUGCUGUUCGGCACCGCCCUCGGCUCCAGCGGCCACUCCGGACGCUACUGGGCUGAGAUCUCGGAUACCAUCAUCUCUGGCACCUUCCACCAGUGGAGAGAGGGCACUACCAAAAGCGAGGUCUUCUACCCAGGUCUGGAAACAGCCCUGGGAGUCCUGCCCUGAAUGGCCACGAGAUGGCAGUGUGCACCCACUUUUGAGCUGAAGGAGGCCUAGUCAUUCUCCAUUUGCUUUCUUCUGGGUAUCUUGUCCAGACAGAAGUUUCUCCAGUCUGCCUUCUCCAGGACUCCUCACUUCUAUGGGGAGGCUCCUGGGGGUGGAGAGCAGGUGGUGUCAGGGAUUGUGAGAAAGGUGCCCUAAAGUGUACUCCCAGCGACCCUGCACUUGCCCUCUUAAAUUUUGUGCUCUGGUUGCGUUACUUGUCCCAUCCUGCUGGCAAGGCCCAGAUCACUCUUAGAAAAUGGUGAGGAACAUGAUUACAAAAAUUGUGUAUUCUAAAAAGUUGACAUUCUAAUGAACAAAAAUACAGGAGACUAUAUGUAUAACCACUUGUAAGCAACAUCAAGUCUAAAUUUGUGGCUCUGAAUGAAUAUAAGCCCCAGGCAAGAUGGCCAUCCUGACAUCUGUCAUGGCCACCACCAUCCUGGCCAUGACGGAGCCUAGCUGGGGCCUCUCCAUAGAUCAUGGGUUGCAAAGUCAAGCAUUCAAGGACUUCUCCCGCCCUAUAACCCAGCUCUGCCUCUAGGCUCACCUCACAUCUAUCAGGGAUGCUCCAGCUCCCCUGUCGUCCCUCCCUCCCACUAGGACUAGGUUUCCAGGGUCCUCCCCAUCUCUGUUAAGCCCAGAAUUGUUUCUUCCCAACUUUCAUUUGACACAAUCACUCUUAAAACACUUGUUUUCCAGUACAUUUCUCCUUUGCCUCCUUUACUAGAUCUUAACCUGUCCAACCUCUGUUGACUUGCCAGGACUUAAUCCUCAAACUUCUGUCUACACCCCUCCCAUCUGCUCUCAAUCAUUUCAAGACUUUAAAUAGCAUCUAUGUCUUCCCCACUCCCAGUUUUAUUGAGCUAUAAUUGACAUACAACAUUAGUUUAAGGCAGUGGUUCUCAACCUUCCUAAUGCCGCGACCCUUUAAUACAGUUCCUCAUGUUGUGGUGACCCCCAAUUUCAUUGUUACAAAUUGAACAUAAUUAAAGCAUAGUGAUUAAUCACAAAAACAAUAUGUAAUUAUGUGUUUUCCGAUGGUCUUAGGUGACCCCUGUGAAAGGGUCGUGCCACCCCCAAAGGGGUCGCGACCCACAGGUUGAGAACCGCUGGUUUAAGGUGUACCACAUAGUGAUAUACGUAUACAUUGUGAAAUGGUUACCACAAUAAGUUUAGCGCCUCACAGUUACAUUUUUUUUAAAUGAGAACUUUCAAGAUCUACACUCUUAGCAACGUUCAAAUAUGUAAUAUAGUAUUAACUAUAGUUACUAUGUUGUACAUUACAUCUCCAGGACUUGUUUCUCUUACAACUGGAAGUUUGUGCCUUUUGACCACAUUCACCCAUAUCAUCCACCUCAGGCCUCUGGCAUCUACCAAUCUGUUGUUUCUAAGAGUUUGUUCUUUUUAGAUUCCACAUAUAAGUGAGAAUAUAGAGUAUUUGUCUUUCUGAUUUAUUUCACAGCAUAAUGCCCUCAAGGAUGAAUGGAUAAAGAAAAUGUGAUCUAUAUAAUGGAAUAUCAUUCAGCCAUAAAAAAGAAAUCCUGUCAUUUGCAACAACAUACAUGGACCUUGAGGACCAUCUAUAUCAGUGGUUCUCAACCUGUGGGUCGCGACCCCUUUGGCAGUCGAACGACCCUUUCACAGGGGUCGCCUAAGACCAUCCUGCGUAUCAGAUAUUUACAUUACGAUUCAUAACUGUAGCAACAUUACAGUUAUGAAGUAGCAACAAAAGUAAUUUUAUCGUUGGGUCACAACACGAGGAACUGUAUUUAAAGGGCCAGACGGUUGAUAACCACUGAUCUAUAUGUAUCAACUCCUAAUUUCUUGUCUCAGCCCAAACCUCUUCUCUGAGCUCCAGAUAUCAGCUUCAUAUAUCUGACCGCCAACAUCUCCACCUGGUUGUCUAAUUGGCAUCUCAAACUUAAAAUGUCCUACAUAAACUGAUUUCUCCCAAUCCUGUACCUCCUGCAGGCUUUACUGUCUCAGUUAAGUAUACUUCCAUUUACCCACCUGCCCAGGCCAAAAGGCAUGGAGUCAUCUUGAAUACCUCUUAUUCUCUCACAUCUCAUAUUCAGGGCAUCAACAGAGCGUGUCAGCUUUAUCUUUGAAACAUUCAGAAUCCAACCUCCCUUGUUCAAGCUGUCCUCUCUUGCAUGGAUUACUGCAGUGGCCUAAUUGAUCCUCAUGCUGACGUGCUGUGUGGAGGGUUCACCACGCAACAGUCGACUCGGCCUUCCACUCUGUUCAGACAUUUCCAUCGGCUUCCCACUCAUUCAGUGUUUUUACUGCCUCCAGGAACCUACUCCAAGGCCCAUGUUACCUCUGACCAUAUAUCUCACCACUCACCUCAGCCACCCUGGUCAGCCCAGUGGCCUCCUUGCUUUCUUUUUGACACAUCAAGCAAACGUCCACCAUUGGAUAUUUGCAUCUACUAUUCUGCCUACAAUGUUCUCUAGGUAUCUUCCUGGCUCUUUCCUCCACACCUUCCCAAUUCAGUUUGUGCUCUGAGUCCUUCCCUUAAUCUUUGUGAAUUAGAAGCCCUUCUGUCGUGGUUUUUAAAUAUCUCCAUAAUCUGGCCAGUGUGGUUCAGUGGUUGAGUGUUGACCUGUGAACCAGGAGGUCAUGGUUCAAUUCCUGGUCAGGGCACAUUACAGGCUUGAUCCCCAGUGUGGGGCGGUCAAGAAACAGCCGAUCAAUGAUUCUCAUCAUUGAUGUCCCUAUCUCUUCCUCUCCCUUCCUCUCUCUGAAAUCAAUAAAAAUAUAUUAAAAAAUAAAAUAUCUCCAUAAGUAUUUUUAUAUUUCUCCCUUUAAGAGAUGAAUCCUAAUGCCCUUACCCUUGAAUGUGGGCUGGACACAGUUAUGUAUUUUUUUUUUAAUAUAUAAAAAUCCCUACCCUCUGCCCUCUAGUCCCCCAAGCCAUGCUUGUCUGCCUCUGCACAUUCAGUGGUUCUCCACG